GUCACCCACCCUCUGAGUAUCUCAGUCUGAGUUAGAAGUGUUUGAGACACAUAGCGAGGCGGCGAGACGCGGGGAUAAACGGUUUAACCAGACCGAUCAGAAAGACAGCCUACCUGAAGCGACGCGAGAAAGUCCAAGAGAGAAUGGAGGAGGAGAUGCUCCCGGCAGACGAAGGUCUCUCUUCGCCCAAAAUCUGCAGACAGCAGCAGCAGCGGAGUCCGUACAGCUCUCUCAAGACCUUCCCGAGCAAGCGCGCGGCGGGCAGGGCGAGAUAUGACAGACCCACAAUGGUGGACAUCCCGCAGCUAGGAGAGCAUCACCUCAGUCAACAUCACCAGCAGUAUUCACAGCGCACGCCGCUUCAACAAGCCUCCAUUUCUAUCAGCAGCAGUCACCAGUCGCAACACCGUCUCCCCUGCGAGAUCAGGCCCGGCAGCAGAGUCGCGACAUCCAGCGCAGCAUCAUCAGCGGGGAGCGCCACGACGGGCGCAGCAUCAGCCUCAUUUGGCAGCCAGAGGAGGGUCGCCGGCCAGGACACCAGCAGAUAUCCGCCGGCUCGCCAUCAGUCUCCAGACUGCACCUAUGGAAUAAGCUCAGAAAACCGCCUCAUACUGGACGCUUUCGCUCAGCAGUGCAGUCGAGUUCUCAGUCUUCUAAACAGCAACGGACGGCUCCUAGAGCCCCAGCCUUCCCUUGUCCCCGCAUCCUCUUCCAUCUCCGCUCUCAUCAAACAAGAGGAUAGAUGCCUGUCUUCAGAAGAAAGACUCAGUGUCAAGCCCAGGUCAGAGGAUCCGUCUGUGGAGAACGCAGGUGAGGAGACGCAAUGUGGGAACCAAUGGAACCAACAGCAGACGUCAGCUUUCCUGCAAAUUUUCACAGAGUCGCUUCAGAACUACCUGCUGUCUGGACCUCAGUCGUCAGACGGCGAGCGGUGCCGUCAGGUAGAUGCUGAACCAGCAGCGUCAGGGUCCCCACGACAGAACUUAAGUGGCUGGGCAUCACCUUCUCCAUCAGAGUCAUACGGACACCCUUCAUCCACACUGCCUGAGGAAGAUGAGGAGGAGGAAGGCUGUUGUCCUCGAUGUAUAGAGCUGGAGCAGGAAGUUCUUAGUCUACAGCAGGAGAAUGAAGAACUGAGACACAAACUGGACCGGAUACCAGCUCCUUGCCAGAAUGUUCUUGACUUCUUUAAGACUGUUCUUCAGCACUACAACCACUAUGCUCAGCCCCAAUCUGAAGAGCAGCUCACUGAGGGCAGUAAGCAGCUUCUGGGGAACUACCCUCUCUUCAUCACCAAUAAGCAAUGGGACGAGGCAGUCAACUCCUCAAAGAAAGAUGGCCGACGGCUCCUACGUUACCUAAUCCGGUUUGUGUUCACAACAGAUGAGCUGAAAUACUCAUGUGGUUUAGGGAAGAGGAAGCGUUCAGUGCACACCGGGGAAACCGGACCAGAGAGACGACCUCUGAAUCCCGUCAAGGUCACAUGUCUUAGAGAGUUCAUCCGGAUGCACUGCGCUUCUAAUCCUGACUGGUGGAUGCCAUCCGAGGAGCAGAUAAACAAAGUUUUCAGCGAUGCGGUGGGGCACGCGCGGCAGGGCCGGGCUGUUGGCUCUUUCCUGGGCAACGGGGGCAGUGGGAGCAGCAGCAGUGGCAGUUUAUACAUGGACAGCUAUGACGGGCAGCUAUCUCAAGAUGAGCUCUAUCUGAAAGGGUCGCAGAAUGGACUGGGGGACUGAAAAAGCAUCAUCGGCCUAGCCUUCAGCUUUCAGUGCCCUCUAUGGUUCAAAAUGCAUAGAGGGAAAGACAGCACUUAUGUGAUGGUUAAGGUCUUUUUUUAAUGUGCGGCUUAUUCCUUCCUGUGAUUUCCUGAUUCAGCAGUAAACAUUCCAGGGAGUUCACACCUACCCAAUCAUUUUAAAUCAUGUGUGAGACUCUUCCAUAAUGUUUGUUUGACUGUGUGUUAAGCAGUGGACAACGGCUUUGAAUUUGACAAAAUUCAGGUUUAUCGUGAGCUCCAUUUAAUAUGAUUUGUUUCAAAGAAUGUGAUUCAUUAUAGCAACAUGAAUGUAUUCAGUUAUUUUAAUUCAUUGUAUAUAAGGAGAGCUUCCAUCAGAUUCUAUGUUCAUAGAAAUGAGGUGCUAUUAUAACGUUCAGUUAUUUUCUAAUAUAUAUGACAUUUAAAGUGCCGUCCCUUAUUUAAUCAUAUGUGACCCUGGAUCACAAAACCAGUCUUAAAUAGUACGGGAACAUUUUUAGUAAAAGCCCAAAAUACAUUGUAUGGGUCAAAAUGAUAGAUUUUUCUUUUAUGGCAAAAAUCAUUAAGAUAUUAAGUAAUGAUCAUGUUCCACAGAGAUAUUUUGUAAAUUUCCUACCCUAAAUAUAUAAAUUUUUAUUUUUGUGAGUGUAUGGCCUGCUACAGCGCCUCGGAUUGACAACAUCAAUGGCGAUUUUCUCAAUGUUUUGAUUUUUUGCACCCUUAGAUUUCAGGGUUAUAAACAUCUGUAUCUCCGCCAUAUAUUGUCCUAUCCUUAACAACUCCUACAUCAAUACAAAGCAUAAUUAUUCAGCUUUCAGAUGAUGUAAAAAUCUCAAUUCGAAAAAUUUACCCAUAAGACUGUUUUGUUGUCCAGGGUCACAUAUGAUGUUGAAUUAUCUGUGAUGUUUCUUAAAAAAACUGUGACGUUGCAAAAACAGUAUCGUAGUGGCUGCAGGAUAAAACACUGGAUUAUCAACUUGUCCGCAUUUGUGACUGUGGAGAUAAUGUUAUGUAUCGUUUGAUGGGUGGCUUCCUAAUGUUUACUCUGACUAUACAGAAAAGGAAGCUGUGUUGUUUGUAAUCUGUGUUUAUUCAAGUUUGUCAAGAAUUACGCCUAAACACAUUCUGUGGGGCCGUAAAACGUGCCCAAUUGGUUCCAUUUUGUUUACUGCAUAAAUGAAAUGCCUUAAAAAGAGAAACCACUAUGAAUUACAAAAACUGCCAAUUCAGACUGUUGAAAAUCUCUUGGUAUUCCUGCUACAUCAAUGGCCUCAUGCUGUUUGUUGGUUUGAAAACUGACAGUCUUUUGUAAAUGCCUUAGAGAGGUUAUGAUAUGCUAUAGCAGAAUGUCUCUGUCUGUUCAAACUGUUUCUGGUCAAUGUAGAAUGUCUGUGGAAAUCAGUCAAAAGCAACAAUACAUUUCGAUUCAAUUUUCUCGAGUUUACUUGUGUUGGGGAAACCCCGUGAUUUAAAAUUGAGUCAUCUCAAAACUCCCGAAUGAUGUGUGAGUUUCAUAUCUAAAGCACCGUGCAUCUGCAACUAAUAAUACCAACUUUGCCCCCAAUGUGUCAAUGAAGUUUUCAUUCUUGGAUUCCGGUUUAAAUGCCAGGGAUUCCCAGUUAUCACAAUGUAGAUGAAAGUAGUAUUACGUCUUUAAAAUAAUUUCUUCCCCUGUUGCAGUUGCCUUUGACUAUACCAGACAAGAGUCUCUGUUGUGACCUGUUGUGAUUGUACAAAUCCAUAGUGAUUGGAAAUGGUCUUCUAAUCUAUUCAAAGGACAUGUCAACACUGUGAAUCCCGUCAAAUGUAUUAAGACUGUUUUGC